CGUAAAGCUGCAAAGCAGAAGCUAACUUCGGCGCGCGGCGCUGUCCCACGUGAUCCGCUCAGACAGACGGCAGGCCACGCCCACUCGUCCUCCUCCUCCCGCCUCUGAUGAAAACAUCGCUCCCAGGCUGCAGCGGAAGCCGCGGUCCUCCCCGCUCGUGGAUCGUGGGUCAGAUUCGGUGUUUCUCGCGUGUUUUCGGGAAUAACGGACCCCCUCCCCUCCCUUUCCUGCUCCCCCGGAGCUCAUGCCGGAGCAGCGGGGAGACUCCCAGCUGCGGCCGGGCUGUGGAGCCGCACAUCCGGCCGGGAAGCUUAGGAAGGACCGGUGAUGAGGAUGAGGCCUCGCUGGGGAUGAAGGCAGCGUGAACGCGCGCGGACACGAUCUCCUCUCUGGACCGAUGGUCGUUAGGGUCACCCGUCCCUCUGUGACCUCCUGCUCUGUCCUGUUGCAGACUCACCUCUGUUUGUGGGAGUGGCUUGAUGUUCAGACGGGGGCAGGGCAGCAGAGACUGCUGGUUGAAGAUGCAGACGCUGCCUUGCUCAAAGGCAUGACUGCCGGCAGAACUCCUCCAUCUGUUUUCUAGUUUCUCAUCUUUCUUCAGAACUUCUCCAUCUUUGCUGAGUUUCUUUUUCUGCCAGUACCCCCCAUCUGGAAGUUUCUUCUGCUCCGACCAUGGCAGCAGCUGCUACCGCUCCAGCUUCCUCCUCCACCCCCCCAUUACCAUCCUCUAACGGCGACGGCGGCCGGGACCCCAUCCUGACAGAGCGCCACCGCGGACUCCCCUCCCGCCCCUACACCAUCGGCCCCGACGGCCUCCACGACCUGUCGGAGCAGGAGGCCACACCCACUGCUUCCUCCAUGGUGGCAGAGGGGAUGGGGGCGGGGCUCCAGCGGGCCAACAGCGACACCGACCUGCUGACGUCGGAGAGCCGCUCGUCGCUGACGGCGUCCACGUACCAGUUCACUCUGGGUCACGGGCAGCUGGUCAUCUCCUGGGACAUCAAGGAGGAGGUGGACGCCACGGACUGGAUCGGACUGUACCACAUCGACGAGACCUGCGUGGCGAACAUGUGGGACUCCAAGAACCGCGGCGUGAACGGAACCCAGACAGGAAACAUCGUCUGGAGGCUGGAGCCAGAGCCCUACUUCACAGAACCGGAAACCAAGAUCUGCUUCAGGUACUACCACGGACUGAGCGGAGCGCUGCGAGCGUCCACGCCCUGCAUCACCGUCAGCAAUCCAGGAGGACUGGUGAGGAGUGAAGGUGGUCUGGAGGAGCCGUCGGGCGGUGACCUCUGUCAGAGGCUGGUGACCUUCACCAUUUCAGACGUCAGAGCCGUGGGACUAAAGAAGGGGAUGUUCUUCAACCCCGACCCCUACCUGAAGAUGUCCAUCCAGCCCGGCAGGAGGACCGGCCUCCCCAAGUUCACCCACCAGGGCCAGGAGAGACGCUCCUCCAUCGUCCCCAACACCAUCAACCCGGUGUGGCCUGGAGAGAAGUUCACCUUCGUGGCGCUCCUGAGCGACGUGCUGGAGGUGGAGGUGAAGGACAAGUUCGCCAAGAGCCGUCCAAUCAUAAAGCGCUUCCUGGGUCAGCUGGUCGUCCCUGUGCAGAGACUGCUGGAAGGACAAUCGUGCAUCGACCACGAGCUCAGCUUUGGCCUCAGCCGCCGCCUCCCCACCGACCACGUGAGUGGGCAGCUGCACUUCCGGGUCAGCAUCACGUCUCCUGGUUCUGAGGAAGCAGCCGUGGAUCUGGGAGGAGCCACCUUAGGGGGCGGGGAUCCUGAAACACCGUCAGAUGACGAAGACCUGCCGCGCUCUUCGUCUCCACAUUGCGUGUUUGAGCCGUCCGACGCCGGCUGCCUGAACGGUUUCUACGGUGAUGGCGCCGUGUGGGGAGGGGCGGUGGGGGGCCACUGCCAGAGGCAGGUGUCCCUCAACGACUACCUGGACACCAUCGAAGCCCCACUGAGCAUGGGGCUGCGAGCGGCGCCUCUGCCGAAACUCCGCUCCAGUUUCCCCACCGACACCCGGCUCAGCGCCAUGCUGCACAUCGACUCGGACGAGGAGGAGGACGCGGUUGGUCGACGGCAGGAGGCGGAGCCUCAGCAGAGAGCAGCAGCAUCCGAGGAUCCGGGACCCGGAGAGGGGGCCGGUCUGUCGGGGCCAGGGGGGUCUGUCGCAGCGCCAUCUCAGGUCCAAACAGAACCGGGCCGUUGUGAGACUGCAGGACCUGAGGGGGCCUCAGACCCCCACCAGGGACCCCUGUCGCCCAUCCAGGAGGUGGACGCUGGGAAAGACACGGCUCCAAAGGCAGAGGAGGAAGGGGCGGAGUCAUCCAGCAGCGAGGCCGCCGGGCCAGCCGGAGCAGGCCCUGCCCCCAGCAGCGGCGCCAGUGGAGGCUCUGAGACUGGAGCCGAGGGGGGCGGAGCUCAGGAGAAGGGCGGAGCCGUGUGGAGGAGGCUGUCUGGGGGGUCGGAGCAGAACCAGGACAAAUCCAGAACCAGGAAAGAGGAGACCAGGAGCAGGCCUGGGGAAGGAGAGGCAGGCGCGGUGGCUGCAGCCGGCGGGCACCAGUCCGUCCGUUCCCUUCCAUCCAUCCGUCACGACAUCAGCCGCUACCAGCGGGUGGAUGAGGCACUGCCCCCCAACUGGGAGGCUCGGGUCGACAGCCACGGCCGCAUUUUCUAUGUCGACCACGUGAACAGAACCACCACGUGGCAGAGGCCCACGGCGCCCCCCGCCCCACAGACCUUUCAGAGGUCCAGCUCCACCCAGCAGAUGGAGCAGCUGAUCCGCAGGUACCAGAGCAUCCACAGGACCAUGAACAACCAGUGCAGACCCGAGGAGCAGCCGGCCGCGGAGCUGCAGGGAGACGAGAUGGAUGCUCCGCCCCCUGUCUCAGACCUGCGCAGGGACAGUGGUCAGUCCGGGUCCAGGUCUCGGGUGUCCGUCCUCCAGUCCCCCAGCUGCAGGUUCCUCAGUAGUCCAGACUUUUUCACUGUGCUGCAUUCAAACCCUAGUGCCUACCGUAUGUUCUCCGCCAACACCUGUCUGAAGCACAUGGUCAGCAAGGUCCGCCGGGACGCCCACCACUUUGAGCGGUACCAGCACAACCGGGACCUGGUGGCCUUCCUCAACAUGUUUGCCAACAAGCAGCUGGAGCUGCCCCGAGGCUGGGAGAUGAAGCACGACCACACAGGCAAGUCUUUCUUUGUGGACCACAACUGCCGCGCCACCACCUUCAUCGACCCCCGCCUGCCGCUCCAGAGCGCCCGCCCCCCCAGCCUGCUGGCUCACCACCAACACCUAACGCGACAGCGCAGCCACAGCGCCGGGGAGGUCAGCCCCCGCAGACGGUGGGGGGAGGAUGCCCGUCACGCCGGCCCGGCGGUCCUGCCGCGACCUUCCAGCACCUUGACCUCAGCCCACCGGGGUCAGGGCCAGGAGGCGGUGCCAGCAGCCUACAACGAGAAGAUCGUGGCGUUCCUGCGACAGGGAAACAUCUUUGAGAUCCUGCAGGAGAGACAGCCGGACCUGUGUCGGAACCACGUGCUCAGGGAAAAGGUCCAGCUGAUCCGCUCCGACGGCGCUCCGAGCCUGAGCCGGCUCUCCGGAGACGCAGACCUGGUCAUGCUGCUCAGCCUGUUUGACGACGACAUCAUGUCCUACGUGCCUCAUCACGCCUUACUGCACCCCAGCCACUGUCAGUCCCCCUGGGGGUCGCCGGCCUCCUCCCCCCAGAACUCCCCAGGCACUCAGAGGGCCAACGCCAGAGCCCCCGCCCCCUACAAGAGAGACUUCGAGGCCAAGCUACGCAACUUCUACCGGAAGCUGGAAACCAAAGGUUACGGUCAGGGUCCCGGGAAGCUCAAGCUCAGCAUCAGGAGGGACCACCUGCUGGAGGACGCCUUCAACCAGAUCAUGUGCUACUCCAGGAAGGACCUGCAGCGCAGCAAGUUCUACGUCAGCUUUGUGGGGGAGGAGGGGCUGGACUACAGCGGUCCUUCCAGAGAGUUCUUCUUCCUGGUUUCCAGGGAGCUGUUCAACCCUUAUUAUGGUCUGUUUGAAUACUCAGCCAACGACACCUACACGGUUCAGAUCAGCCCCAUGUCGGCCUUCGUGGACAACCACCAUGAAUGGUUCCGGUUCAGCGGCCGGAUUCUGGGUCUGGCUCUCAUCCAUCAGUACCUGCUGGACGCCUUCUUCACCAGACCGUUCUACAAAGGUCUCCUGCGCAUACUGUGCGACCUGACCGACCUGGAGUACCUGGACGAGGAGUUCCACCAGUCGCUGCAGUGGAUGAAGGACAACGACAUUGAGGGCAUCCUGGAACUGACCUUCACCGUCAACGAGGAGGUCUUUGGGCAGAUCACCGAGCGAGAGCUGAAACCCGGAGGAGGAAACAUCCCGGUGUCGGAGAAGAACAAGAAGGAGUACAUCGAGCGGAUGGUGAAGUGGAGGAUCGAGAGAGGAGUGGUUCAGCAGACGGAAAGCCUGGUCCGAGGGUUCUACGAGGUGGUGGACGCCCGGCUGGUGUCCGUGUUCGAUGCCAGGGAGCUGGAGCUGGUGAUCGCCGGAACGGCCGAGAUCGACCUGUCCGACUGGAGGAACAACACGGAGUACCGAGGAGGUUACCAUGACAACCACAUCGUGAUCCGCUGGUUCUGGGCGGCGGUGGAGAGGUUCAAUAACGAGCAGAGACUGCGGCUGCUGCAGUUCGUGACCGGGACGUCCAGCGUGCCGUACGAGGGCUUCGCCUCGCUGCGUGGCAGCAAUGGACCCCGCAAGUUCUGCGUGGAGAAGUGGGGGAAGGUGACCUCCCUGCCAAGGGCCCACACCUGCUUCAACCGGCUGGACCUGCCCCCGUACCAGUCCUUCUCCCUGCUGUUCGAGAAGCUGCUGACGGCGGUGGAGGAGACCAGCACCUUCGGCCUGGAGUGAAGCAGAACUUUCCCGCACUUUUUCUAACGGCGGAACCACUUCCUGUCAUACCGGGACAGGUGAAGCACACCUGGGCUCUUUCUGUGCUUUUGUACUUUUGAGGAAGAACAAUCAAAUAAAAGACACAAACCUUCA